CACACACAUAGUAAAGUUAUCCAAGUCGAAUUUUCAGAAAGAAAGAAAAAAGUGACUUGAAACAAAAAGAAACCCUGAAAAAAUGGCAAUCAAAAAUUCGAGGAUAUUAAUACAACAGGCGGCCUUAUGCGUCUGCUUCGCCACAUUAGCACUAGCUAGCCCUCAGUUCCAGUUCCCCGGCAGCAACAAUGGCAAUAAUGGAGGCAACAACAACGGCGGCACGGGAUCAGGGUCGGGUAGCGGGACAGGAGGCACCGGCGCCGGCAGCGGAAACGGAAACGGGAAUGGUAGCGGGAACGGAAACGGGAACGGUAACGGCUUCGGCGGCAACGGGCAAGGGUUCGGCAACAAUGGCCAGAAUGGCUUCAACAACUUUCUCGGUUUCGACGUCAAUCGCGCCAUGUACCUGCGCAUGGUGCACGGCUGGGUCGCCUCGGUCGCCUUUGUCAUCCUCUUCCCGCUCGGGUCCAUCUUCAUCCGCGUCAUCCCGGGCCGAUUCUCGUUCCUGGCACAUGUCGCGACCCAAAUCAUCGCCUCGAUACUUUACAUAGUCGGUGCCGGCAUAGGGUUCUGGAUGUUGGCCAAUAUUCGAUUCCCAUUCAACGGUGGUUCCCUGUUGACCGACCCAAAUAUUAACUAUCAUCCCAUAAUUGGUAUUGUUGUAUUCGUCGGCGUCCUUGCCCAGCCCGGUCUGGGUUUCAUGCACCAUGCCCAGUACAAGAAGCUGGGUCGCCGACAGAUAUGGUCGCACCUGCACCUGUGGAACGGUCGGCUCAUGAUCGCCCUGGGCAUCGUCAACGGUGGCCUGGGCCUGCUGGUGGCGCGGGCAUCGGACCAGGCGAGGACGGCCUACGCGGCCGUGGCCGGCGUCAUGUCGGUGCUGUGGAUUCUGGCGUCCAUAUUCGGCGAGUGCAAGAAGGCCAUCGAGGUCAGGAGGCAGAGCCGAGCAGCCAGGAAGGAGGCAAAGAGGAACGAGAGGUUGGCGGCAAAGAACUUGUCCAGACCGUCCAGCCAGGGCGGUGCCACUGUCUAAGAGGCGUCCCCAUAAGUGCGGGCUUGAGCGUCGUUGCGGGGUUUUAGAGGAGCUACCGGGCAGAGUUGUCAGAGACAACUCCUCAUUUCUUUCAUUCUUUUAAUCGGUUCUAGGGUUUUUCUGAGUUUCCCACUUUCCUUUUCAUGAAGCGGGCGUUGCACAUUUUGCAUCAGUUUGAUAGAUAGACGGCAAACGCGAAGUCGAGAGCCCGAGCACAUAGUC